GCUAGAUCAUGUUUAAAGGACGAAAUUUACCUUUUAUGACAGAAAAGGAUAGCAGAAUAAAAUUAAUGAAUGAAAGAAUUAAUUCAACUGAAAAGCAUUUCGAAGAACUUUGUUCAAUUAUUGGGGCAUAUACGAGAAAGCUCGCCAGAUUUCGAGAUAAAAAUGAUGAUUUAGCAAAAGCGUUUUAUCAAUACAGUGAAGGAGAGCAAAUUAAUAAAACAUUAUCGAAUGGAGUAAAAAGUUUUUCAAAAGCUUUGACCAUAAUUGCUGAUUAUCUGGACUUAGAAGUUCAUAGAAUUGAGCUUAAAAUCAUAAACGAAUUAGCUCAAUAUGAAAACAUUUGUAAAAAUACAAGGGAAAGUCUUCGAACAAUUUCAAAUAUACGGGAAAAAGAAAUACAACGUCAAAAGCAUCUAAUUGACAUAAAAGCAAAAUUUUCGGCAAAUACGUCCGCUGCAGAUUCAGAGCUUCUUAAAGCAAAUUUAGAAGUAAAUCGAACCAACAAGCAAAUUGAAGAAAUUAUUGAAAAUUUUGAAAAACAAAAAUUGCAAGAUCUCAAAAUGGUUCUGCAAGAUUUUUUGUUAAUUCAAAUAAAGCAAUACACUAAAGUUACAGAAAUUUUGUCAGCAGUUUAUUAUGAUGUUUCAAAUAUUAACGAAACUCAAGAUUUUCAGGACUUCAAACGGCUUUUAAAAUCAAAAAAUAAAACGAAGAUAUUUGGAACAAGGGAAAAUUUUCGUUCUCAAUCAUUAGAUAAUCUUUCAGUUGGCAUAUCACCAUUACGUCAAAAACGAAAUAACUUUUCAAACAGCUCAAGAGAUUUUUCGAUUACUGGAACAGACGAAGAAAAUAACUUAGAUCAGCAUCAAGAUGAUUCUGAAUACGGCAGUGACGAAAAAUCUUUCCAUGAAAAGGAUACUUCUACUAACAAUGAUGAUACUGCAAGCGAUUCUGAAAGGAACUUUGAACUAAGGAAAAAAAAUUUUGGUCAAAAAGAAAAUGUAUUUAAAGCAAAAACUUCACGUGAAGGUAUACCAGAUUCAUCGCCUUUGGCAACCAUAUCAACACGAACUCAAAUACAAUCUCAAGGAUUGAUGUCUGUUAAAUCGAUGAACGGGGUUACUAAGUAUCAGGCAAUAAAUUUAAAUAAACAUAAAUAAAA